AUGGCUCCUGGGACAACUUCAUCCAUGUUCCCAUCACUGCUGCUGCUGCUCUGUCUGAUGGCUAUAGUGAGGACAGGAAUAGCAUUCCCACAAAAUCCAGGAUGCCUAACUACCGAGGACAAGAAUUUUCCUCAGCAUGUGAAGGUCAACUUGAAUAUUCUUAACGGGAAUAAAAGUUCCAGAAGGCCCUUGGAUUACUACCGCCGAUCCACUUCACCGUGGAGCCUGCACCGGAAUGAGGACCCCGAGAGAUACCCUUCUGUGAUCUGGGAGGCCAAGUGCCUCCACUGGGGCUGUGUCAAUACUGAAGGGAAGGUAGACCACCACAUGAACUCCGUCCCCAUCCAGCAGGAGAUCUUGGUUCUGCGAAGGGAGUCUCGGCACUGUCCCCACUCCUUCCGGCUGGAGAAGAUGCUGGUGACUGUGGGCUGCACCUGUGUCACCCCCAUUGUUCGCCACGUGGUAUAAGAGUUUCCUGUCUAGCCCCAGCUCCCAGACCAGUUAGGCUUUCUGGGGAGUAGACCCAGCCCCAUUUCUGACCAAACUCAUGAGGGAAAUUUGCCGAAAGAGCAAAACUUAAACUAGUUCAUCCAUUGAAGUUUCAGAGGUAACACUUUUGUCCAGAGAUAGAAUCUGAACAAUCAUUCCCUCUCCCUAAAGAUGGGAGUUUUGACUAAAAAUUUACUUUUUGUUUGCUUUUCU